AUGCCCGUCGACACAACUUGGGCAGUUAUAAAUCAGACACGUAGACGGCACCCUCAAGUCAGCCUCGAGGAGUUUAGCUUCCUUGAAAAGGUUUGCAAGAAGACUACGCCGGAGGAAAGGACUUGGGCUAAGUUGGUGAACCCGAGGACCAUACAUUGGUACUGCGACGGUCCUGAGCCCUCCCAAGAAGCAAUAAGAUACGACGAGCGAGUUCAUAGACAGAUGGAUGACGCAAAGAGGAGAGCUUUGAUCAAGUCCCAAGCCGUCAAGAAGAGGGAAUCCGGCGAGGAGGUUCCUAAGGUGUCAGCUUCAGUCCCUAAGAGGAAACUGACGACAAAAUCCGACCGUCCAUUUAAGCAACCAAAGGUCUCUCUUGAACCUGUGGUUGGCUUAAUGGCUGAGGGUAACAAGGCCGUCACCCCAGCGAAGCAGGGGAAGGGUAAGGGAUUGAUGACGGUCCCAGACGGUAAGCAAGAGAGACCUCCUUCCCUUCUCCGUGAUGACUCCAAGUAUGCAUUGGAGAAGCUGUCGUCCAUCAUCACGGCAGAAGACUAUGAAGACCUGGGAAACCAUUCGACGGAGGCCAUGGGGGAGACGGGCCUCUUUGCCGUCGCUCAGUCCUUGGUCAUGAUGAAGGGACUACUUGACCGGUGUCUCAACCGUGAGAGUACCUUGGACCGGGUGCGCGCGAAGGCGCAGCAGACGGAGGAAGAGCUCGGACAACUUCAUAAAUGGAGGUCCAAGAUGGAGAAGAAGCUGGAGCUUUCUGAGCAGGCGAGGAAGGAGCUGGAGGAGAAGACGGCCACUUCGCUGACGGCCUUAGAGAAUGAAGAGGCUGAGAUCAAACAACUCAAAGAAGAGCUCCGUCAGGCGAAAGUGGCAGCCGUCGAGGAGUAUCGAUGCUCGGAGUCCUGUUUGGGCGAGCUGUCGGACUCCUUCCUUCAAGGCUUCGAUGAUUCUCUCCGUCAAGUCAAGAAUGCUUAUCCAGAGCUGGAUUUGACAAUGGUCAAACUUGAGGACCAAGCCCAGACUUCUGCCCUCCCCGUCGCCUCCGAAAAUACGGAGGACCUUUUUGGCGACGGUGCUGCUCAAGGAGACGGAGAGUCCGCCCCGUCGAAGGAUGUCCCAGUUGCUGAACCAAAGGAAGUUUAACGUCUAUGUAAUUCAUUUUUUUUUUUUUUUUAUUCACAUUUUAAGACAAU